GACAUUGAAAUUGUGUUUCGCCAAGUCCACACCACACAUUAUUUUCUGUUGAAGAAAAUCAGGAGAUUUAUAUUGAGCUCUUUAUUCUUAUUUCCUACUGUUGGUGGGGGAAUAGCGACUUGUGCUCAUAGAAAGUAAUAUGAAAUCUUGUCUCUUUGUUCAACCUUGUACCAGCUUUUCUUCAAAGAUAACAUAUACCAAAAAGGUUGUUGUUUCUUCUGGUUUGAAAAGGCUUGAACUAUGGAAGGGAAAUCGUUCCUAUGUGGUUGCUCCCUUUACAAAGGUUGGUGAAACGACAAACACUCCUCGUUAUUCUAUUUCCAUGAAAACCGAGGCCUGGGUCAAGUUGGUCAAAACAGAGGAAAUCAAACCGGGAGACUUGAAACCUUUCUUUGUGGCUGGUCAAUCUCUGUUGGUAGUUUGUGACUAUGACGGUCAAGUAUAUUGCACUGCUAAUGUGUGUCCACACUUGGGAACACCUCUUGAUCAAGGACUGAUUGGUAGUGGGACUUUAAUAUGUGCGCAACAUAGAACUUCUUGGAGGUUGUCUGACGGAAAGCUUGCUGGAAAAUGGUGUCCUUAUCCACCCAUACUUGGGCCUUUAUUGGGAAAGUUGAAGGUUCCUCAAGAUUUGUCUGUGUUUCCAGUCAGAGAAAUGAACGGUUUCAUCGAGGCUCUUAUAGACCUCGAUGCAGCUAAAGAGUUUGAAAGUAAUUACUGGAGAGGUAUAUUGGACGCACAAGGCAAGGCAACGGGUGGAUAUUAUUAAAUAGUUUUUCUAGUCGCUUUGAAUAAAAAAUAUCACAAUGGAAGGAGGAGAGUGGGGCUCCCUUUUGUUUUUCGAUGAGUAAGAGGAUGACAGGUUUUCUGUGGACUGUGCCAAUACUCGUCCAUCAACCACAUUGUUUUCGUAAAACUUGUGUCC